ACAGUGGGUUUUCUGUUGUUGUCCUGUUUUGAAGCCCUCUGUCCUGGCAUCCUGCGCCCCUGCCACUCUCUUUCUUUCCUUUCUCCUCCUUCCACUCACUUCACGCUCCCUCCAGAGUUGGGACUCUUCCUCGACAGGCUCCUGUCAGGUCUGCGGCAUCAGUCUUUUGGGAGCUCCGUAGAAGCCUGAAACCAUGCUGACGUUUUUGGCGCUGGCGUCGGUUGUCCUCCUGGGAAUAGUGCCUGAGCAGUCCCAGGCCAUAGUGAUUUACACCGGCUGGGAGCGCCACGCCCUGGUGGGCUCCGACAUCCGGCUGUCCUGUUCGUUCUUCUCCUGGCGCUGGACCUCGGAGGACGUCACCUUCUCCUGGACAUACAGGCCUGACGGAUCCCGGGACAGCAUUUCUAUCUUCCACUACACCGGUGGCGCAGCCUAUGUCGACAACAAGGGCCCGUUCAGGGACAGACUAGAGUUCGUGGGGAACCCCAGCCGCCGAGACGGCUCCAUCCUGAUCAAGAACCUGGAAUUCAGCGACAAUGGCACCUUCACCUGUGACGCCAAGAACCCCCCUGACAUUGUGGGCCGGCCCUCCAGCGUUCGCCUGCUGGUCUUUGAGAAAGUGCCCAUCCAGGCUGGCGUGAUCACAGGGGCCAUCAUCGGGGUGGUGCUGGGCCUGCUGGUGCUCAUCGUGGUCAUCUACUACCUGAUGAGGUUCCUGGUGGCACGCCGCGUCUUCAGCCUCAGUGUCAGCAAACAUGGCAAGAAAAAGAAAGAGGGAUCACAGCAGAGACAGGGCCCCGUGCCUCCCGCUGACCCCUCCAAGAUAAAGGUCUGACUUCUCCAUGACUGCCUCCACUCCUCUAGUCUGCUCCCUCCUUUUCUGCCCAGCCUGAUGCAACCCCCAUUAUUUCCCAUUAUCUCUACUCUCUCAAGACAGCACUGGCUGUAAGAAUAGUCCUACUAUAUCAGUGGCAACAGUGUCAAAUAAUUUUUACAACGCCUCAUCGGAGACCCUGUAUGCGCUCAUUGGGCAAACUGUAAAACUGUUUAAGGCCUAACUAUGCACAUAACUUCCUUAAGAGGAACCCGAAAGACAUCCCUCUGUGUUUAGAGUCCCCUGAAUCUUCCCCCUUAAUGUUUACGACUCAAUCACACACACUGAGUGGAGCUGUGAGUGCACUCUGGACUUCAGAUAGAGAAAAAGAGAGACAGAGAGGGAGAGGAGAGUGAUAGUGGGAGAGAAAUAUGAUUCCUGCUCUCAGCCGGCGUAGAUAGAGGUUCAAGCCCUCGAGCUCGGGGUGAUUCAAUCCUCUCACAUUUGAGCUAAUGGAGGUUGUCGCCGUGUCCCUGCCCUGGCUAAAGGGGGCUAUUUCUGGCCCUAUAAGAGCGUACGGGCUUACUGUAACAGCUGCACAUUUUUCAGCCUACAGGGGAGGGGGGUGGGGCGGUAGAAAAAGAAAGAGGCGAGCAGGGCGGGUGGUAGGGGGCGCCUGCUGCGCUGUUUGUGCCUGAGUGCAUGAGGCAGUCCGCUGUUGACUCGAUGGCCGGCGACUGACGACCUGGAAUGACGUCACGGCCCCCGAGGGCUGGCGGAUGCUCUCAGGAGUCUGACAAAAGGGCUUACCAGGAAGAGGUGCAGCUUCUGUGCUCUCACAGUUAUUUUAGGUCCAGUUAAUCCGCUCACACGUUUCUCCUCGCCAGCCCAGGGCUAAUUAUUUUAGUGCGUGCUGGUAACCAGAUAUCUCUCUCCACAUCUCCCUCCCUGCCUCCUCUGCUGUCUUCGCGCCUCUGUUAUUCACUCUUCAUCUUGGCUCCCAUCUUGGGAUUCGUCUCCUCCCACCAAACCCUUGUUUCAUUCUCUCUGUCCUUACGUCUUUGGCUUUCUUUAUCUCUUCCUCUUCCUGUCGUCUAGUGACUCUGCACUGCAUUAUUCCCCCACAGAAAAGGCCUAUACAAAAUCCACUCAACUCUUUAAGCCUCUCCUUAUCUGACUGCCAGGCCUACAGCUCAAUGCUCUGCUCCUCUCUCCUCUCUUCUGUCCUUCCUCCUCCUCCACGCCCUUCUUCUUCUCCUUCUCAAACUCAGUGACGGACAUCUCUCUCCCCUCUCCGUCUUACCCAAUGAUCAACAAGCGCCCUCUCGCUUGCCCUUCAAAUUGCCACCUCCCCCCCAAAAGGCAUGUCCCCCUGCCAGCCCUCCUUCCACCGACCCCUUACUGUCUCAUUUCUGCUGGUUCGAAUGCCAAAAUGCUCUCCUCUGCCCCCGACUGGCAAAGGAAGGAAACACACGGGCAGAAAUCCGCCUUUAGUUCUCACUGAAGACAGAAACUUAUAAUCUAGCUAGCUCCUCUCCGGUUGCAAAUACGACGCGUGUUUUAUGUAUAUGUGUGUCUAGUUACAGAGUGUUAAAAAGAGAUUUGAUAUAAAGCAAAAACAAAACAACAGUACGUCACCCUAAGUAAAGCAAAUAAUGUUUUCUGAGACAUAUUUUACAUGUGUACAAGAAAACACAUGGAGAACAUGUUUAUCGAGGCAGGGAAGAAAUGUAAUUGUAUCUGAUGGAAUAUGCCAUUAUAUUUCUGACCUUGUGUGUUAUGGAUGGUACUGUGUGGCUGUGCCUUUGGUGCAUGUUUUAUUCCGAGGCGAAGGGAAAUCAAGGUUGUCUUGAGGUGUCAGAGAAGAUGAGGGGUGGAUAAGGGUUCGGUUAGCCUCAGAUUCAACGAUGUGGCUGGGGAGAAAAAAAAAACGUGCGUGUGGGGGUGGGGGGAUGGUGCUUGCUGUGGAAGAAAGCUUUGGAGGAAGAGACUUAUCUGGUGUGUUAAGCCAAGCCAAAAAUCCAUAUGUAUCACUACAGAUAGAGCCUGCUCUUCCCCCAGAGCUUUCUUUUAAAGGUGCUCCUUCCCCAACCCUGAGCCAAAGAUGGAUUGCGAUCUGCGUGCUUGAUAUGCAGGGUGGAUAACGUAGACUUGAAUGUUCCUUUAAAAUUCAUAACAGGAAUGGAGGUGCUAAAACCCACAUCUUUAUAACUGGAGAUCUGUUUCACUAGUCGCUGUUUAACUAUCCAGUCAAAUGGAUUAGUUAGAAUGUUUUCUUCUUUUUCAGCAAAGCCACACAGACACCUGACAUAAGACAGCAUUAAAGUGCCUUUUAAAAAUGUUUUGUUUGUAUGUAUUAUGAACUGUAUUAGUCAUAGUUGCACAAUAACAUUCCUUCAUUUGAAAUGACUGGAGCUUCUUACAUUUUUUUUUUACAUUUAUUUUAAUGCUUGUGAUAAUUCCAGAGCACUAACAACAUUUGAUGACUCUGUAUAAUAUGUUGUAAAGAGAACGUAAAUAAAAAUUAAAGCCCCAAGUGCAGCUGUUGUCAACAGGAGACAAAGUAAACCCA